AUGUCCAGCCUUCAAAGGCUACUAGUAUAUCAUACCUUCACCCUGGAAGGGAAAUAUCGCGCACUCUGUCUAAAUGGAUCACAAAUAUCACCAAGAAUGGCGUCAGACAUGGAACAUGCCGUAUUUGCACCUACGUCCCCUUUUCAUUCACAUUUCGUACUCUGUACAGCAAACUUGCCCCCCAGCUACUCUAGUGUCCGGCGGAAUAUGAGGGAGCGAAAUUAUAGGGCCAAGCAUGUCAAAACGUGCAAUAUCUGCCUUCUCGCAGGCCUCAAUGGAAAUUUUCAAGGGAGCUUAAAUGUAUUGCUGAGUGCUGUCCAUUUGGGUGACAAGUAUCCCGUCGCUCAGGCUUGUCUUUGA